AUGGAUGAAGAACCCGACGAAGAGUCACCGUCGCGCAUCGCGCGUUCUCGAUCGUGUGAGCCACCUGGCUCAACUGCGCGAAGUCGUGAAUCACGGGGAUCUUUAUGGAUGUCAGUGGGAGUUCAUGUCGAUACUUCCAGAAGACGUCGGAUGUCGAAGGCGAGACGCGAGUCGCAGAGCAUCGAGCUGUCAUCUCUCGCUCCCGGCACCCGCGUCAUGUUUCUCCUGAAGGAAAAAGAGAAUACACCGGCUCUUUUCACGGAAAUGGGAGAGUUGAAUAACGACGAGUGGAGAGAAACCGCGAGAUGGGUGAAAUUCGAAGAAGACGUCGAACAAGGUGGAAACAGAUGGUCGAAGCCUCACGUCGCCACACUAUCACUUCAUUCGCUGUUUCAGUUGAGAAGUUGCAUUAUGAAUGGACUGUUUUUGAAUGAUAUGCCAGAGAGUGAUAUUCCAUCGAUUUUCAACUCUGUAAUCGAACACCUAGUCAAAAGUGGAGACUUGCCAGCAGAAAAUCGCGAGGAACUCCGUGAAAUUCUUCUCCGAAAACACGUCCAUCAGUAUGAACAAGCGAAAAAGAAUGGAGCCGGAGGCGAGAAAGGAGGAUUCCUCAGCACAGUUCGCUCAAUUUCUGACAUAGGAAAAUCGUUUUCACAUGGGAAGAAUUUAUCGAAAAUUGAAGAGAAACCAGAAGGACCAGUGACGACACAAACAGCUGGAGCACCUUCAGGAUCAGCCAAUCAGCUCACUCUUCCAACGGUUGAAUCAGUGCCAAAGGACAUUUCAAAUGAGGAAUCAUCUAAAGGAAAUCUUCAUUUUCUCAAAAAACUGCCCGUCGGAGUUGAAGCUAGCAACGUUUUGAUAGGAGAAGUCGAGUUUUUGACUCGUCACAUUUGCUGCUUCAUCCGGCUGAAGAAUGCCAAUCAAUUGGGUGAUUUGACUGAAGUUCCAGUACCAACUCGCUUCAUUUUCCUUCUUCUCGGUCCAACUGGACAUGGACCACAGUACAGAGAAAUCGGUAGAGCAAUCGCCACACUUAUGGCCGAUGAAAUCUUCCAUGACGUCGCUUACGGAGCACGUGAUGUUGAUGAUUUGUUGGAUGGUAUCGACGAGUUCCUGGAUCAAGUUACAGUACUCCCACCAGGAGAAUGGGAUCCAAAUAUUCGUAUUGAGCCACCAACGAAACUUCCAUCUCAAGAGAAGAGAAAGCAGAUUGGAAAAGAGCUUCUCGUAGAGCCAUCAUCUCAUAAACCAGUCAAGAAAAUGAUUGAAGAAGAAGAAGAACACUCACAUGGAGAUGAUCCAGCACUGAAAAGAACUGGAAAACUAUUCGGAGGACUCGUUCUGGAUAUCAAGAGAAAAGCACCACAUUUUGUGUCUGAUUUCACAGAUGCAUUCAAUAUGCAAUGUCUCGCUUCGAUUUGUUUUAUGUAUUUCGGUUUGUUGGCUCCAAUUGUUACUUUCGGAGGACUUCUCGAAGAAGCAACACAUCAGAGAAUGGCUGCAAUGGAGAAUCUGUUCGGUGGAGCACUUUGUGGUGUCAUCUACCAUUUCUUCGCUGGUCAACCCCUCACUAUCGUCGGUUCCACCGGACCUGUCCUCGUAUUCGAAACCAUCGUGUUCGAUUUCUGCACCAGAAUCGGAAUUAACUAUCUGAGUUUCCGUGUCUGGGUUCACGUAUGGACAGCGUUGAUUAUAUUCCUGAUGGUUGUGACUGAUGCAUCGUCUCUCGUCUCCUUCAUCACUCGUUUCACCGAAGAAUCAUUCGCCACGUUGAUUGCUGUCAUCUUCAUUUAUGAAGCAAUUAUGAAGUUGGUCAAGAUUAAAGGACAGCUCGAUAAUAUCAAUUACUCACGUGAAUUCGUUGAAGGAGGAUUCUGUUCGUGUGUGGCACCAAUUGGAAAACCCAGUGUCUCCCUCGACCACGCUCGUUCCGUCAUCAACGAGAGAGGACUUCGUAUCCCCAACAACUCCACAUUCAUCGAUUACUCUGCCGCAAGUCUCGCCGAAUGCCGUUCAAUUGGAGGAGUCUACGAUGGAACUACCUGCUUCCCACUCUAUGAUAAACUUCUUAUGUCAAUCCUCUUGACUGUCGGAACCUUCUUCUUGGCUACCACCCUUAAAAAGAUGCGUAACUCCUGCUACUUCCCAUCUCGUGUCCGUCAACUUCUAUCUGAUUUCGCUGUCAUGAUCGCAAUUGUUUCAAUGACUUUCGUAGAUAUCGCUGUUGGUGUGAACACACCAAAGUUGAAUGUGCCAAGUACUUUCAGACCAACUUGGGAAGGACGUGGAUGGUUCAUUGCUCCAUUUGACGGAAAUCAAUGGUGGACCGCCCCUCUUGCUCUUCUUCCAGCACUUCUCGCAUGUAUUCUCAUAUUCAUGGAUCAACAAAUCACAACUGUCAUCGUUAACCGAAAAGAGAAUAAGUUGAAGAAGGGAUGUGGAUACCAUUUGGAUCUUCUCGUUCUUUCUAUUUCUAUCCUUAUGGUUGGAUUCCUUGGAUUACCUAUCUAUGUCGCUGCCACUGUGCUUUCAAUCAAUCACAUCAACUCAUUGAAAGUGGAAUCAGAAUGUAAAGCGCCCGGAGAAGUCGCUCAAUUCGUUGGAGUUCGUGAGCAACGUGUCACUGGAAUAGUCACUUUCUUGAUCAUCGGACUCUCUGUCUUGGCUACAAACGUCCUCGGUCGUAUUCCAAUGCCUGUUCUCUACGGAGUCUUCCUCUACAUGGGUAUCUCGGCUCUCGGUGGAAUUCAACUAUUCGAUCGUACUCUCUUGCUGUUCAUGCCAAUGAAAUAUCAACCAGAUACUAUCUACAUCCGUCAUGUGCCAAUUAGAAAGAUCCAUUUGUUCACUGCCUUCCAAAUUGGAUGUCUCGCACUUCUUUGGGUUAUCAAGUCGAUCAAGUCUACAUCCAUUUUGUUCCCAAUUAUGCUUGUCGUAAUGGUUGCUAUCAGAAAAAUGAUGGAGAAAGCGUUCACUACAACUGACUUGAAAUAUCUAGAUGAUCCAAUGCCAGAUUUCCAUUUGAGAAAGAAGGAAGAUGCAAAGAGACGUCAGAGUGAAGGAGAAGCCGUUGAGAUAGAAUUCGACAAUGAGAACCAGGCAACAAUACACGCCGUGAAGACAGAAGCUCAUCUUCACAUCCCAAUGGCAUCGGGAAAUGUCAUCAAAAUCCCAUUGGCUGCUAUUCAAGAACCAUCUCAUUCGAUCAACUUGACAAAGGAAGUGAAUAACAGUGGAAUGUGGAAGCACAUCUCAUCUGCCGACUCGAAAAACUCACUUGUUAGAGAUGUUCCAGCUUCAUCGGAGCCGACUACAAGUAGAGAAGGGGCUCCGAUUGAGCAACCAGAAGAUGAUGAUGACCCGAUUAUGAUUAAGGUAAUUCGCCCAUCUCCACACACAUCUACACAAAAUCUGGCUGAAAACACUCCACUCCUGAAGGAAGAACCGAAAGAACCUCAUCCGGAUGAGCCAAAAGUGUGA